AUUCAAUGGCAUCUUUAAAAAAAACUAAUCUUACUAAUGAUCAAUGCAAGCAAAUUUGUUUGCACAAACAACAAAAUUUGACUAUUACUCAGAGUAAGCUUGCAAAAUGGGCUAAAAAAAAGUUUGGUCUUAAUAAUACACCUAACCAAGAAACUUUUUUACAUAUUCUUGGGCAGAAGGAUAAGUAUCUUGCUAUAGAAGAUGAAAGAAGCAAACAGCAAUAA